CUUUUCCCUCAAACACCGACUAAGAGUCCGAGCAAGAGCAAGGAAGCUAACCGCAAAUAUUCGUGAUAAGCAAAGAAGAAAGUUGCACAAUGAGAAUAGUAUUGACGCUAUUUGUAUGCGCUGUUUCGCUGAGCUUGAGCGCGGCACGACAGCGUACUGAUGUCCUAUCAAGUUCUACGGUUCGAACAAUCGGUCAGCCUGAUCACGCGCAAUUGAGCAAAUCUCCGGAUAAUGAGAAAUACAUCAAGCGGGUGCAGAUCCUCAAUCAAAUUGGAUUAGACGGUAAGGUGCAAAAGAUCCGCACGGAAUCCGAUGAGGAAGAUAAACCAGGCAUUCGCGCAUAUGGUUUACAGAAAAAACGUCUUCAAGAUAACGGUGCCAUCGAAAGAGUGUAUAUUAAAAGAGAAAGUAACGUCGAUGAUUCGAAAAGUGGUCGAUUAGUCGAAGCCUAUGGAUUGCCGAAAAUUAAUGUGAAAACCAACGGUUUUAUCGAAAAAUCACCAUUGCCGAACACGGACCAGUCUGCGAGAUUGGAAUCACAACAUCAAGAUAUCAGAGCAAGAAGAUCCGUUCGCAUCGGAUCCGAGAACAAGGUCGAAGAAAAAACCGGCAAUGAAGCGGAGGACAUGGAAGCGCAAGAUGCGAAGGUCUUCAGACCGCUUUUCGUCUAUAGACAGCAAGUGGCCGCCAGAGAAAGACGGAAACAAGCGAGAAACGUAGCGCACAGAAAUCAUCGGCAUGCAAUUCAUCAACCUUGCAAUCAUUGACUGUUUUUACCAAAGAAAGUGUGAGCAUUAAUGUAUUUCCUGUCAAAGUUAACAAGCUGAAUGUUUAUUAGAUUUCACAGUCAAUAUAAAUGCAAAAUUAGAUUCUCUUUUUAAAAUUCAAAUAAACCGUAAAUAAUAAUGUAAAGAAUAAAACCACAGACUAUAAUUAGGUUUGUAAUAAAAAUUUCCAAAAAUCAUUAUUUUGAAAGUGUAAAAAUAUUUAUUUGGGUAUUGUUUGAGCGUAGUUGUCUGAUUUAUAAUUAGUACAUGCUUUAAGUACUUUGUAUUUAUUUAUGCAAAAUUAUUAUUAAAAAAAGGAAAAAUAGAUCGUUGAUUUGAAUAAUAGCAUUAAGUUGCAAAUUAAUAACAUAAGCCAAUGCUCAUUGCACAUCAUUAAAAUAAUAAGAUUGCAUCGAUUUUUAGAAGUUUACUGCGAAUAAAAUUUGCUAUUAGUAUUUCGCAUAUGUACAGUUGAACUUAUGACAUUGCUUCUUAUGCGCAAUACCAAAAAGUAUUAUAAAAAAUAGUGUUAGUUUUAGAUAAUAAUAUGCUGACUUAUUAGAUUAAUUUGUUUAUUCUAAACAGAGUCGUAUAUAGAUUUACCCAUUAAUUAUUAUUAUUGCAAUAUGUAUAUCUAGCGCGCUAUUAAAUAAAUAAAUUCUUAAUGCCAUAAA